AUGGGAAGGAGAGUUGUGAACGGAGAAGCAUUCUGCAUUCCCCAAAAAAAGCGCAUUGCCAAAAGAAGCAGCUUACAUCAUGGGUCGCUGUAGCGUUCCCACACAUUUUGCUCCUAAUUACUGUCCUGCUGGACAGCUGAGCUGUUUCAAACAGGAAGCUGUUUAUAGAUAACGCUUGCAACUGUUGGGUCAGAUUUGCUGGAUGUCGAAGAGCAGGAGACGAGUUCGCUUCAAAUUAAAAACUAUCAGGCUUUUGUAAAUAGUAGCAAUGAGGUUCAUCUGCGCAGUGUCCCUCCAGGCAGAGGUUGUGCUACGGUGCUUGUUUUCUCAGCAACUGUAAGGUAAGUGAGGCUUCAAAAGCCUGAGAUAAGAAGAUAGAUUGUGGGGCCACAUACACUUGCUCAGUGGAGUGGGUGGUAAACUUAAGGCUGGAUUAACAGUGGUGUAGCGUUUAUUUUUAAAUUUUUUAAUGGAAGCUAAGCUAAAGAGAGAGCAUAUUAUGUUCAGUAGAGGAGUAUAGUUUCUGGAUUUAGUUUUUAACAGUUUUUGAAAAGCACGCAUGCUGCAGUGUCUUUUUACAGAUGGCGUAAUAGUCACUUGAAUAUUUACUGCAGUCUGUAGAGAGUGUAAAGUAAGCUCAUAGGGUGGAGUUUGUGUUGAGGGGUAGCAGACCAAAAAUGAGCUGUCUUCACAGCAGCUAACUAAUAAAUCUAAGGGGAAAAUAGCACAGAUAAAUGCUAAGCAAAACCUUUCCCAACUCGUAAUAUGUCCUUCUACCGUUGCAAAAGGAUGGCAGCUCUGUUCUCCACAUUGCUGAGCCGCAAAAAUAAUACUGUUUGAUUUUCUUUUUUUCUUUUAAAAAAGAGUAAGGCAUAUUGAAUAUGCUCGGCUUAAUUUUUUGCCUGCCACGCUGCUGUUAAAGGCAGCUAAGUCUUGCCAGGAAAAAAAGGUGGCAGUAAUUAAACGGUAUUGGCCAACAUCUUAGAGGAAGGCGUGGUGUGAUCUGCAUGGGUGCAAAAAACAUUGGAAACUUUUGGAACCGGUGAGAUUUUCUAAGAGUCAGAUUGGAGGGAGAGCGAGAGAUGGAAACGGAGAGGGAAAAUGCUCUUUCCCAUUGGUGAGUUCUGGUGGGUUCCCUUCCUGACCUGGCCUCUGCACACCAUCUUCCAGGCAGUACUUAAUUAAAAAGUGACAGGCUUCAAAAUUAUAGCCUCUGACUGGGAAAUGAUUCCAAGAGUGGUUGCUGGCUGUGAAGAACUAUCUAGGAGUGAGGGAGAAACUCUCACAGUCAUCCUGCUCAUUUUCCAGAAUGGAGUCCAAUGCUUGAAAGGAGCUCUGGAGGUGGUUCUAGGAAGCCCUGACUUGAAUUAAGCUCUGCUUCUGAGAAAUACCUAUGGAAACAAAAAAGGGGGGAUGGAAGGCCUAAUAGAACCCCCCCCCAAAACAAGAUUAAAAAAAGAGUUAAAGAGGAAGGAUGCUGGGUGAGUAGGGUUGGUGGUGGUGUCAAGUCAAAGAAGAAUAGAAAAUAAUAAUGGCCACGGCAGCGGGGUGGUUAGUUGUGGAGAACUGAAAAGUGGAAGGAGAAGAGGACAAAUGUAUGUGGGAACAGGAAAAAAGACAAACAAAGAUCCCUUAAAUGGUCUCUGAGGUGUGGGAGAGAUGCUGCGAUGGCACUGUAAGUAUUUCUGAGGCACCCAAGUCACCUCAGAAUAAUCUCCCAGUUCUGGGCGCUGUCUAGUAGCCAUUGCUGAUGGGAGCUACCUGGACUAGGAAGACUAUAAAGGAAAGGAGGUAGGAUCCAGGGCUCUGCUCCUAGCAAUCUUCUCCUCAUCUCACAUUUGCAGAAAGCAAGCUUGAUAUGUUAAGCUGCUCUGGAAGUGCAGUGGGGCCGAGGGAACUAACAGACUCGGGGGAAGAAAUGAAGUUGGGAUUAAACCAUCUUCCCCCCAGCCUGGUGCUCUGCAGAUGUUUGGCUUGCAUUUCCCUUCAGCCCCAGGCAGUGCAUCAAUACUUGCUGGAGUUGGUUGGAGCUGUAGUACAAAACAUCUGGAAGGCACCAGGUUGGGAAAGGAUGCGUUUAAAGAAGGCAGUGGUCAGCUCCUACAAAAGCAAGGAGGAAAAAUAAGUUGCUUCUUGCUCUUUCCAGCCAUCUCAUGGCCAGGCCUAAUAUUAGGUACACUUUGAGCCCUGCAGCAAUGAUGCUGAGUCAGUAGCCCCAUUAUUCAACCACCUGCGCCAUCUAUAUUUUUGUGGACAGUCUUAACCAUCCUGGAUGGGCAGCAGCGCAGCUCUCCAUAUAUGCUGCUCACAUAAUAUUUCAGCUGUGUGCAAACAAUAUUUUAAGCCACUAUUCUUCAACCUUGGGUCUCCAAUUGUUGUUUUUCAACUCCCAUCAUCCCCAGCCAAUGGUAAAGGAUGACGGGAGUUGUAGUCCCAACAACAUCUGUUGACAGGCUGAAGAACAAUGGUUAAAGCAAUGUAGAAGGUUUAGUAGGAGGCAGAGUUUAGUCCUGAAGCCUGUUUCAGUGUCAGGGUUCAGACCUUAAAGCAACUUUAUCAAGAAACUGCAACAGUAGUGAGUAACUGCACCAAGCCCUUUACAGAUCUAGGAUUAGCGAGCUGGGCCUCUCUAGAAGUGAUAGCAAUCCUCAGGAAUAUACACUACCUAUAUGCACAUCAGGUUUGACAGGUGGAGGCAGAACAGAGAGUUCCAGUCCUUUCUCCCAAACCCUACUCCAUCUUCAUUCCCUGCCAUUAGUGAUGCCAGUGCCUCUUUUAUCUCAUAGAAUUCAGUGGAGGCCACCUAGAACCAAGACAGCCCCAAUCCAUUUUCCCAUGCUAAUUCAGGAAGAAAUUGACGUUUGUUCUUCCUCUUGAGCUUGCAAACAAGAAAAGCAGUGGAAAACAAAACAAUUUAAGGCAGUUUUUUCAUUAGGUUCGUCUCACCCAAUGCAUUUGUACUUCUGAUCUGUUCCUAAGCGGCUUUCAUUUCCCUCAGUUGAACUCUCAUAGCGGUUUUGAAAAUGCAAUUCGGGCCUCCCUAAGGGAACCGUGAGCUGACCUCUCCCACCGUAUGCAUUGAUUGGGCUCGGAGACUGGCUGCCAGCCUUUUCCUCCCAAUCAGUGCAGUAUAGGACUCUGUAACUGCCUGCUGUGUUGUCUAUAGUGUGCGAGUCCCGCUCUCUCUUCGCCCUUCUUCCCUGGGGAACCUUAAAACCUCUUCAGCCUUGCGUUUCCAUUUCUUUUGAUCUGUUAGUCUGAACUUUUUUCCUGGGCUGAGGACAAGAGUGAGCUUUGGCUUGGCAAAGGCCCCUUUUCUCAGUUGCACUUGGGAGGUUUCGAAUAUUUCUUUGCUUUGCAAAGACUCUCUGACCAAGUCUGAGAACCCCCGAUAUAGCUUUCCUGCACAGUUAAGCAAAUGACGUCCUGUGGAACUCUACUCUAUAUACCGCAUAACACAAGGUACAUGAUAAGCUGCUUAUAUGCUGCAAAGGUAGGAGGCACUGGACUGUAGAACACUGCAAACACAGCCUGGAACUACUGGAAGUCUUUGGAAUUCCUUUUAACUGUUUAUUCAUUCUUUCCUUUUAGGAGUAAGGGACAAGCUCAUUAUGAAGAGUGAUCUGGUUUUCUUUGUCUCUGUAAUUAGCCUUGCCUUCCUGUCUCUGCCAACAUCUGGAUAUGCUCAGCAUAUUGCAGAAGAAUCCUGCUCUGUUCAGAUUCUGGUUCCAGGCCUAAAAGGUAAUGGGUGUAUCUAUUUUCAUGACCAAUGAAGUUCCCCCGAUCCCACCCAGUCAUAUUUUUGUUUGCUGAGGUUGCUUUCGGGAUUGUUAGGUGUUUUCCAUUGGCUAAAUAGAAAAUGGGUUGUACCUCACAGUGGUUGGCUAGAAUGCGUUUACCAGGAGUUUCACAAACUUGAUCAGAGAGUGUUAAACUGAAUCCUGAAAGUGGGAGAUAAUAUUUUAGAGGACACAUCAAGUACUAGGGACAAUAACUUCAUUGGUGUACAGGAAACUGGGUCAGUAGUACAGGAACUUGCUAAUGGGCAGGAAAAACCAAUAAGGAAGCAGCUGGAGGAAAUGAUUUAUGGUUUUAGUUGUCUUUAUACUAAUGCACAGAACAUGGGGAAUAAAAAAGUUGAACUUGAGCUCAGAAGGUAGUAGACUCUCCUUCACUGGAGGUUUAUUAUUAUUAUUAUUAAAAAAAACUAGUCGUCAUCUGUCAGGGAUUCUUUAAGAUGUUAUUCCUGCAUUGUAUGGGGUUGGAUUAGAUGACCCUGGGGGUCAUUUCUGACUCAACAAUUCUGUGAUUCUAUGAAAUUACAUGUGCAUAUUUGUUUUUCUAAGGCUUCGCCUCUGUAGGGGAAGGAGCUUUUAGUCUUAUGGUAGGGAGGUAAAGAAAUCAACCACUGGAAUUGUAGGCAAGACCUGGGAGAGUUUUUAAUGGUGGUGGUGAUUAAACAUCACUGCACACCCACACCCUUAGUUCUCUGUCAAACCAGGGCUGAGAAAGCUGUAGGUCUCGAGAUGUUGCUGGACUCCAACUCCCAUCAGCACCAACCAGCAUGACCACUGGUCAGGAACGAUGGGAACUGUAGUCCAGUGGCAUCUGGCUUCAGGCAUCCCAUGCUUGCUGUAACCUGCCAGAUACUGGUACCGUCAUACUUUUUAUUCAUCCCACAAUCUUAGUACCUGUCAAAAUUCAAACACCCCCCCCCCCAAGGAUUGUAAUGUGAAAAGUGUUGUGAAAUUUGGAAGAUUUCCUGAUGGCAGAAUUUCAAGGGGACCUGCACAAAGGUGUGCCUCCCUAUUUCCAUAUAGGCUGGCAUGUAGCCUGUUCUGGAAUUCUGCAUACUGGUGCUAAAUCCAAUUUGUUGUUGCAUUUCCAGAUCACUUGCUAAGAAUGCUGUAGAAUUUUCUUUUAGGCCUGCAUUAUAUAUUUGAAAAAGGGAUGCGGGUGGCUCUGUGGGUUAAACCACAGAGCCUUGGGCUUGCUGAUCAGAAGGUUGGCGGUUCAAAUCCCCACGACGGGGUGAGCUCCCAUUGCUCGGUCCCUGCUCCUGCCAACCUAGCAGUUCGAAAGCACAUAAAAGUUCAAGUAGAUAAAUAGGUACCGCUCCGGCGGGAAGGUAAAUGGCGUUUCCCUGCGCUGCUCUGGUUCGCCAGAAGCGGCUUAGUCAUGCUGGCCACAUGACCCGGAAGCUGUACGCUGGCUCUCUUGGCCAAUAAAGCGAGAUGAGCACCGCAACCCCAGAGUCGUCCGCGACUGGACCUAAUGGUCAGGGGUCCCUUUACCUUUAUAUAUUUGAAGUGAAUUUGUCACUUAGAUCACUGCUGAUCAGCUGAUGCGUUCUUUAAUUCCACCGGAUCCUGGACUGCAUCUCUGGGGAUUUAGAAUUGCCCGCCGACUAGGAAAAAAUAGAUGCCUCCCACAUGGCUGUUUCAGUGCAUUUAACAAUGGCCUGAUAUGCAUAGAACAGUAGAUGAAGCUACAUGGAAACAAGCACCAUCUUCUAAAGUUUGUGCACUGAGCUGCUGUUAAAGACACAGCUGCAGUCACCUGUAGUAAAGAAUGACAACCUAUUAUGAUGGUGCAACGCAAGGAAUUCGAGUCUCUCUGAAGUAUCCUUUUGGAUCAACAGUUGUAGUGCUUGCGGAACAUGUUUUUCAGAGAAACUACUUGGCAUGUCUCUUGACUUCAUUCUCCCUAGGGUUAGUUAGUAUGGCCUACCAACCCUCCUUCUGCCCUCCUUUUAACAUUUCCAAAACAUUUUCUGGGAACUGUCGUGCCUGAACAUUCUGCCUCUGACCUUAAGGCCGCUACACUUAAAAAAGAGGGAAAGUAAAUAAAGGGCCAGUUGGAAUAAACUGGAAUUAUUUAAGAAAUGUGAUGCCAGAUCCCAUGCUUUAAGCAUUAUGGCUGAGUGCUUUUUUUUUACCCAGCGAGAUGGGUGGGGUAUAAAUAAUAAAAAUAUUAUUAUUUAUUAUUACUACUACUACAAGAAGUAAACACACCUAGCUAGCAUUGCAGCAGUUGUUAAAUAUUCAUGCUUUGGUAUUUUAGCAAAUGAAGGAAAUUUACAUUUUGGUUGCUUAAUGUCGUCAACAUUUCAUUCUCAAAGUAUAAGGACGUCAUUUUUUUGCAUUGCUAUUCUUGCCAAUUGCCACCUAGUUUAAUUUGUUGUCCCAGUGUACUUAAGCACUAAUGCCUUCUCAUGCAAAUGAUAAAACAAAUUCAAGCCAAUAAAAAGGUAGCACACAAAAAGGCAGCUUACAUCUACAGUGUGUACCCCUUGGGCAUAUAUGUGCCGUAAGCUUAUAUCGCUGUUAUGCCAUUGUUAUGGAUUUGCCACAAGGGAUCUUUGGAAUUGCAGUUUGAGGCAGAGUUUUGCUCGAGUUACCGUACUCCUUACAGAUCUACAGUUCAAGAGGGAAGGAUUAUUCAACUAAAUUUAAGCCUAGGACUUCCGAUCAGAAGGUCGGCGGUUCGAAUCCCAGCGACAGGGUGAGCUCCCGUUGCUCUCUCUCAGCUCCUGCCCACCUAGCAGUUCGAAAGCAUGUCAAAGUGCAAGUAGAUAAAUAGAUACCGCUCCAGCGGGAAGGUAAACGGCUCUGGUUCGCCAGAAGCGGCUUAGUCAUGCUGGCCACAUGACCCGGAAGCUGUACGCCGGCUCUCUCGGCCAAUAAAGCGAGAUGAGCGUCGCAACCCCAGAGUCGGCCACAACUGGACCUAAUGGUCAGGGGUCCCUUUACCUUUACCUAAUGUGUAGCAUGUGGUUGUUGGCAUAAUGGCACAUGCAUUAUAUAGGUAUGAGAAAGGCCCCUAAAACACUAUGCAGUGGAAGACAAAUGUCUUUUGCAGUGAAGACAGGGAAAGGUAGAGCUGAGUAUAAUGUGGCUGCUCCUUCUGCAGGAGGAAAAGGUGGCAAUGCUCUGUCCCUGCCUACUGUGCAUAAACUGGGCUGGGGUAUGGGUCACUCUUGUGAAGGAAGAAUGGUAUAUACUGAAAUUGUGUGUGUGCGGGGGGGGGGAGAGGGUGACAAAGAGACAGAGACCUUGCCCAUUCUGCCUUUAUAUUUCAGAAUGCCAUUGCCCAAGCCAAAAUCCUGUUUUCAACACCUUGGGGAUGAAACUAUCCAAAUGCAAUGUCUGAAUUUAGUAGGAUGCUUUUAUUGAAACAGGUAGCACAGCACCCUAGAGAAAAUGGAGAGCAGUGUUAAAUUGGGACUGGUUGUCUCUUAACUAGAUUUAAUACAGUGCAUAUUUAUAGAAAGGAAUAGUCUAUUCUGCAGAGCACAGACUAGGUAGAUGGGGGCAUUAAUCUUGAUCUACUGAUGCCUUCUUUGACCUUGGAAGAGCAUCUUAACUACUCUAUCUUAGUUUCCCUGUUUGUAAAGUCAAAGCAUUACCACUAGAUAAAACUACAAAACCACACAGAGUAUGAACAGUUAGCUUACGUUUCAGGGGAAAACCCUUCUAUAUAUUGUCGCACAAAUGCUAAAAAUGAUGGUUGUUAGCAUGCACAGGUCUGACUGUUUAAUGAGUUCCAACAAUCUCAUUUUCCUCAAAUGAUCAGAAAACACUGAACUAUCUGUCUAUCUCUGCCUGAGAAAGAAAGGGAGAUGGGUCCCAAAUCUGCUCAUGGUUCCACAUAUCCUACCUAAUUAGAAGCUAUAAUCAUAAUAGUGAAGGAGAUUGAUGAAGAAAUUCAGUGAAGCACAAAAUGGCCUGCGAAGGCCACAGCUAAUAUAAAAUCUCUAAAAAGCCAUCAGUGCCUGAUCUAAACUGUCAGGGGGGGUAGCUGGCUAGCUUAGAGGAGUGCUAAUGAGAUGUGGAGCCUUUCAUCUGUUGGCUGAAAUCCAGCUCAUGCCCUCAGCUUCUCCGCAGCCUUGAGUCUUAGUACUUUGGAGCAAUCAUAUUUCUUUUUCUGGAGGAUGUCGGUGAGGUGCCUUUGAUGCUACAGCAAAGUUCAAAAAAGUACCCACUUCACAUCUGGAAUGGCCCUAUGGCAGAGGCUGCAUUCACACAAAGGCAAAAAGUGUCAGGUAACCUUGUUGGAGCAGUGGCUAAGGGCAUGGCUAGUUUUUCUAAGGGCAUGUACUGUAUACACAGCAGUACAUUAUCCACAUUUUCCUUCACAAGGAGGGCUAUUGAUCAAUGAAGACAUUUGAGAACAUCCCGGAGUUUCCACUGCUACAUUUUCUAGUGACCUAUGGUACCAUUUAAAUGUUGCAUUUGUCUAGUGGUUAGUGCUUUAUAUUAGUUUGUUUGUUUGUGUGUGUGUGUGUGUGUAUCCGUAUGUCUUAUCAUGUAUUGUUGCUGUUGUUUUUAAGUUGAUAAUAGAAUGGAAACCAUGACUAAAUGCAGAAGUUCUGUCCGAAGUUUACUAACUGCGUUCCCAUUGCAUGGGUAACAUGUAUCUGAAUGUUCUGUGACCAUGCUGUUCUUGUUUUCCGAAACUGAACUUUCUGCAUCUUUUUUUCUAUUCUCUUUUGCCGUUCUCAAGACCUCAUUAGAUUCUGACAAGCCAGUUCUUUUCCUCUUGCAUUUGUACUCUCUCCCUUUACCUUUCACCUUUUCCCAUUGACCAGGCUUGAGUGUAUUUACCUUAGGGAAGAGACCUAGUCUUCAUUAUAUCUUUUUAACUUUUAUCUGGAAAAUCCCUCUGAAAACUUAAAAAAUGGUGGAGUUCAAAAGCCGAGGUUGCUGAGCAAACACAACCAACCAGACCCUUGACACCAGGUGGUUCUUCUUAUAUCUAGACAUAUAUGCACACACUGACACCCAAAUGACAUUGAGUGAUCUUAUAAUCAGUUAUGCUCAGAGUGGUCCCUUUGGUAUCAACUGCAAAAUUAUUUCAGUGGAUCUGCACUGAGUUUGAAUGCUGUCCACUCCUAUUACUUAUUGUAAUUUUCACUACAAAUCAAGAGGCUUGUUCAUAUUGAGAAUUCAAGCAUGUUGUUGUUGUUAUUAUUAUUGUAUCUCCUUUUUAACUACAAAACAGGGGAUGCUGGAGAAAAGGGGGAGAAAGGUGCCCCAGGCCGCCCAGGAAGAGUUGGACCUCCAGGAGAAAAAGGUCAGUAUUUUUUAAAGAGGGAGGUGAUGGAGGUUACUCUUCACAAAACUGUUUAUUUCCUAGUGCUGAGUAGAGGGUAAUCAUGUAUAUCAGGCUUUCUGGCAGUACUGUUGGGUCCAGUGUUCUCAGAAGAGAAGAAAAGGCUCAUAGCAUCAGGAAAUGGAAGAUCUGAGAGCCAGGAACCUAACAUUUCUUCUGCCUUAAGUUUUCCUGGCAUCAUAAUUCCAUCUUCUGUGAUGCAAUCAAAACCAUGGGAAUUCCUGCCCUGUCCUCUAUCACCAGAGGGAGUGCUGCUAGAUAAAGCCGCUUAUACCUGUAGAAGCUAUAAAAUAUGUGGAAAUGAUGCUGCUUUCCGUUGGAGCAAAUAUUUCUUUCUUUGAAUACGGUUUCCAUCUAAAUUUUUCCUGGAGCAUAUGGGAAUUAUGGCUGUUCAUCAUGAAUCCUAAAUAUCUGUGAUGAGAGCUUGUUCAGAGAUGGUCCGAAUACCAGUCGUGGAGAACAAACCACCUGCUCAGUGGUGUAGCUUGGCGGGGAGCCACAGGGGAGGUUGCCCCGGGCGCAAAAUUUCAACACCCAGUGCUGCCUCAAUACAGCUGCCCACUGCUGUCGCUAGGCUCCAUUGAAAACUGCUUCUCCAUGUGAACCAGGAAGUGAUCUCUCCAGAAUGACUCUUUUCUUAUUUCUGCGGCUGCAAUCUCCUGGGCGACAUGGAUGCCGUUAGGCAGUUGAACGCAUAUGCAUACUCCGUCUUGUUUCCCUCCCUCCGCAUGGCCCUGCGUGCUGGCAAUCCACGCUAUGCCACUGCCCUGCUUGUUGGCUUCCUGGAUGCAUCUGGCUUGCGACUGUUGGAAUCAGGAUACUGGGCUAGGUCAAAAGUGGGGAAACCUCUGGUCCACAGACCAAUUUGGCCUGGCAGGCUGUUGCUUAAAAAACACACCCCACCUGAUGUCAGCUGAGUGACAUGAGUGGUCCCACCCACUUAUCAAAGUUGACCUAUAGGUGUGGUGGGAGAUAGUGACCAAGCAGAACUAAACUUCCAGUGGAUCUGUGUGCAUCAACUGAUUGAGCAGGUACUUCAGUUCUGCUUUUUGCGGAGUUCUGGCAUGAGGAAGGGUUCUCAAAACCAAGAUCCAGCAGGACCCUGCUUUCUUGUAAUACCAGACUUAGCUAAGGAAAGGUAUUUUUCACAUUCAGGAAGCAGCCAGAGUGAACAGACUGUAUUGCUGGGGCCAGUAAUGCCUGGAGCAAAGGGAAGGGUGUGUGAAAGUAAUUCCUUGGCCGAUCUGGCAAUGGUUUAUGUUUAUAAUGAUGCUUUGGGACUUGCACAAGCAUUUCUGUAAUUCCAUUUGUGCCAGGCCUGUAAGUUCUAAAAUACUUAGGCUCUUUGUGAGUAUUAUUAAAAAGACAUAAGAGGCUAUUUUCAUUGCAAAGAAAUCGUAUGAGAGAACAAUUGCACACCAGAAACCAAUUUGUCUGACCCCUUUUAUUUGACCUUUCUUCUGGACUUAGAGCACUGGGAGCUCUUUGAGAGAGACCUGGAAGGAGUAGUUAGAAAAUAAAUACAAAAACUAAAUGUGGCAUUUGGCUUUAGAGAAGGUAUAAAGUUUCUGCCCCCCCCCACACUCAAGCUCACCAUAACAAUGGCAAAUAGCUUUGCAAGAAACGAAAGAAAUAGUUAAGAACCUCUGAAUACCAGUUAAUGUUAUACUUGUCAAUUUUGUUGCAUUAUGAUUUUUUUUUUUUAAGAAUACACAUACAAUAAUUGUUCCAUUUUUAAAAAGAAAUUGGAUAAAACAGUAAAUAGCAAUCUUAAAACACAGGGCAUCUGAUUUCAUCACCAUCAAUAAUAAUGAUAUUGAUUAUUAUUCUUAUUUAUUUUUAAUUGCAAAUUUAACACCUACUGUUGGGUACUACUCCUAAGAAGAGUGAAGGCUGCUUCUGCGUAGAGUUCCAAUGUAGAGAAUGUUAGGUGACCCUCUGACAGGUCUAAGGAUGGGGGAAUCUUCCUGCCUUCCUUCUUUUGAAUUUCCAUUGCACAUUUCAGCUUGACAGAAGAGCUGCCUAGGCUUAAAUCAAUAAGUGAUACGAGUUUUAAGUGCUUUAUGCUGAGACCCAAAGACGUGAGUGGACCUCAAGGAUCAGAAAACAUAGGACUACUGAAAAACAAGUCCUUUAUUAAGAUCAAUCACAGUUCAGAAUGCAUGAUGCAAACUCUCAGGUUGGACAGACAAGGCAAGAUAUUUCUAUAAUGGUUUUUGUUUGUUUAAAGAGGGGGAUGUUUCUAAGCCAGAGAUCCAUGAAGGAUCAUGUUAGUAUAUUGUUCUAUUGUCUAAUGCAGAGGUUUUCAACCUUUUUGAGCCCACAGCUCCCUUGACCAACUACAGUGGUAGCUCGGGUUAAGUACUUAAUUCGUUCUGGAGGUCCGUUCUUAACCUGAAACUAUUCUUAACCUGAAGCACCACUUUAGCUAAUGGGGCCUCCUGCUGCCGCUGCGCCGCUGCUGCACGAUUUCUGUUCUCAUCCUGAAGCAAAGUUCUUAACCCAAGGUACUAUUUCUGGGUUAGUGGAGUCUGUAACCUGAAGUGUAUGUAACCCAAGGUACCACUGUACAUUCUUUCUGCAGCACCCCUGCAGGGCUCAGGAGCCGAGUUAUUUCAUCUCUUGUCUGCAGAGAUGGCAGCUUCUCACCCUUUUUCAAACAUCCUCCCUUGUGGAGUGUUCCCUCAGCCUCCUCUCCCCUCUCCUUGGGAGUCCUCUGGGCAGCCGCUGCUGCCGCCCCUGGUCUCUGAGCUGCCCCAUGCCUGCCCCAACGAGAGGUGCUUCCUCAUACUGCCCCACAGGGGCCUGGGACUUGUCUGUCUAAUCUAAUCUCAACAGCAAGGGCUGGCAGACUGGCUGGCUAGGAUCUCUCGCCCGCUUGCUUGCUCACUCUGAGGCAACCUCAGCUCCUGGCAACGAGCACUCCCUGACCAGCCCCAGAAGCAGCAGUUGCCUGGGGAACUUGUAGCCAAGGCUGCUGCAACAAACAGCUGUGCGAGGCAGAGAUGCGAGAAGGCAUCAGAGGAGAGAGGGAAGGAAAGAGAGACAGAGGCCAGUGUUGCCCGUGGCACCCCUCAACAUCAUUCAAGGCACCCCAAGGUGCUAUGGCGCACUGGUUGAAAACCACUGGUCGAAGGCACUGAACUCUUUCACACAACUCAAUUUUGUAUUGAAUAUGGGGAUUAUUUGGUUGUAUCUGUCAUAAGAGCUUCCGUCUUCCUACAUACAACUCACCCUGUCAUAUGUACACAAGCGUCCUAUAUAAUCACUCUAAUUUUUCCACGCAUGGAUGAGAGCUUCAAGCUGGGUUCCAAAAUGUUGGCUGACGAGACUGCUGCUUCUGUUAUCUAGUCACAGAAGACUGUUGUGAAUUUUUCCUGCGUUCAUGAUGAGCAUUGCAGCAGCCUCAAAUAUGCCCGCCAGAAGAUGCCACAAAAUUAGUAUUGGUAUCUCACAGCAGGAACUGAGAUGGUUUUUCGGUUUUAAUGGCAAUGCUGUACAGCACUUUUUACAGCAGAGUUGUGACAAAACGAGCCUCUUAAAAAAUUGGCUGUCUCAGCUAUUUGUCAUGAAUAAGGGACAUAUGCAGAAUAAGGCACAAACUGGAUACAAAUAUUGCUAGCAAUGCUUAAGUAUUUGUUUUGUGUCCUUUUCACCGUUUUUUCCAGGUUGACUCGGGGCCUGAGGUUGCACCCUAUACAUGCUUACUUGGCAAUGAACCCCAUACUUCUGAGUAGACAUGUACAGGAUUGCAUUAUAAAACAAUUCGAGACUGAGGAGGGAAGCGUCCAUGCACCCAGAAGCCUCCGGAUUACUGUAGCAGCUACUGGUCAAGUGGAAAAAACCAUUCAGGCGCUCUGUUUGCACAUUCUGCCUGUUCACUUACAAUCUGCCACUACAGGUCUUGUCCCUGCAGCACCAAAUAAGAAACAAGAUGGUUGUAAUGGGGGGUUCUUGGAAUAUAGCUCACCAGAAUCCAUGGUUGCUACAGCCUGCUGGGAGCUUCUGAGCAUGCGGAGGUUAUUCUUAGGCAACUUGUGUAAACUGGCUACCUCUGUACUAGUGUGUGCUCUUCUUGGAAUGAGAUAUACACAAAACAAUCCAUGUUUUUUCAUUCUUCUGCUCAUUUUGGGUGCUAUUGAACCAUGUUGUUGUUUAGUUGUUUAGUCGUGUCUGACUCUUCGUGACUCCAUGGACCAGAGCACCCCAGGCACUCCUGUCUUCCACUGCCUCCCGCAGUUCGGUCAAACUCAUGCUGGUAGCUUCGAGAACACUGUCCAACCAUCUCGCCCUCUGUCGUCCCCUUCUCCUUGUGCCCUCCAUCUUUCCCAACAUCAGGGUCUUUUCCAGGGAGUCUUCUCUUCGCAUGAGGUGGCCAACGUAUUGGAGUCUCAGCUUCAGGAUCUGUCCUUCCAGUGAGCACUCAGGGCUGAUUUCCAUAAGAAUGGAUAGGGUUGAUCUUCUUACAGUCCAUGGGACUCUCAAGAGUCUCCUCCAGCACCAUAAAAAUCAAUUCUUUGGUGAUCAGCCUUCUAUUUGAUACAAUAACAUACAUUAAAGGUACACACACACACACACACACACACACACACACACACACAGUGAAUCUAAGCUCCUGCAACCAUUUCUGUUGCAUGCAUAAUAGAAAACCUGGGCAAAUAAUGAAAAAGAUGGCCAGAUACUGAAGUGUUGUUGACAAUAUUUAUAUCUGAUUUGUGCUGCAACGUGCAUAUUUAUCUCUUAUUCAUUAGAAUUUGCUGAGGCAGCCAAUUUUUAAAGAGGCUCGUUUUGCCACAGCUCCAUUGUAAAAUGCUGUAUAACGCUGCCAUUAAAACUGAAAAACCUUCUUGUUUCCCGCUGUGAGGCUCCAGAUAGUUAUUUUGUGGUAUCUUCCUGAGGCUGCUGUGCACUCCUUGUUAAUAAAGACUUUGAAUGCAUACAGGGAAAAGAUCAGCCGUGUAGUCUGCUUAGCAUAGAUGAAAUGAAAGGGCUGUAAUCUCAGACCUGUGGUUGUGAGGGCAUGAUCUAUUGAUUUCAGUGAACUAAUUUUAGUCUCUGGCAACUCUGACUGAGGACUACAUGAUGCUUUCGGGUAUUUUUUUGAUGCAUCAGUGAGACCAAGAGGGGGGGCAUUGUGGUCUGGGUAGCCCAGGACCCCUAUACAUACUGCCCAGGCUUGUCCCCCAGGGAGAUCACUUUCGUGUUGCUAACACAGCAGUUUGAUUUCACCCCUCGAGGCACACUCCAUUGUCUCUCAAGGCUCUCUGACUACUGAGGGUAUAUGUAAAAAUUUACAUUUAAUUUGUCUUUUGUUUUGACACCCUCCCCCAGGAGAAACAGGGGACAAAGGACAGAAGGGAAGCAUAGGGAGACAUGGAAAAAUUGGCCCCAUUGGUUCAAAAGGUAUGUUUUCUUUCAAUAUUUGUUAGGCGGUUAUUUCUGAAAAGUUGUUUAAAUUACAUGUAUUUUGAGUUUUUUUCUGCAAGGAACAAGAGAUGAUUGACCAUGAUUACGACAAAGCCAUAUGCGACGAUCAUGACAAAUAAAUGAAGUUGAGUUUCCUUCACAUAGGUCAGCAUUGGGAAGGCUUAAAAAAACCCAUACAACUAGUGUUUCUGGUGUCAGUGUAUAAGAUAAAGGCUAUUGUUUCUACUUGAAGCUAUCUGCUGAGAAGCUUAACUUUAUUUUCCCUUUCUUAGGAGAAAAAGGAGAUAACGGGGAUGCAGGCCCACCUGGUCCUAAUGGAGAUCCAGGUAAACCAACCAUAUUAGCACUGGUUUUAAUGUAUUAACAUCCAAUUUAAGGUCCUAAUUAAUAAAUGUGAAGUUAUGUAUAGUUUGUAUAAGCUUGUAUAAUAUGGUUUUUUAAGAUAGAAUAUUUCAGCAGCCAUAAUAUUAGAUUAACCACUGAACUCGAGUGAUAUGCAUACAGAUGUGAAUUAGCCCUUACCAGUCCAACUCAUCUUUUGUUGUACCGAUGUGUACUACACUCUCUCAAAUUCAGCUCAUGUCUAUGAACCAGUCACACCCCCCACCCCAGCAUAAUUCCUACUUUGUAUGGGAUGACCCUGCAGAAUCUUAGUUUGAAUGCAAUUGUGAAUGGAUAUGAUUUUCAACAGCCAUUUCUAUGAUCUUAAAUAGUUGCAGGAAACUGUGCGCUCUGUUUGAGCGCAGCCAAGAUUUUAUUGGCUUACUACACGUGGUUGUUCAGGAGAAAAAAAUGAUGGUUUGCAUAUCAUGCUAAGAGCAGGCCUUGUGGUUUAUAUUACUUGGCUGCAAAGUGGGAGCAACUGAGCAGCAUCUACCAGCAAGGUGUUCGUUUAUAGUCUGCCAUGGUUUAUUCCAUACUAUGGUUUACUGUGAUGUACAGACCAUCCCCUGUGAUCCCUUUGUGCUGGGAUGGACCGUGUUGAACACAAACAACUGUCUUAUAUGUAUGUACCAGCAGCCAGUCUGGGGGGUUCAAUACCUGCAAUGCAGCGUUACUGGUCUUCUCCAGAGCAGGGGUCUGCAAGGCUUACCGGGCAUGGGCCGGAUCACUCCCACAGAGAUCCAGCACGGCGCUGGAAAUUGCAUCUGAGCAUGCCCAGACGCCGAAACUUGCGCCUGCGCAGAAGCGAUUUUCGGCGACUGGGCAUGCACAGAAGCAAUUUCUGGAGCCGCAGAAGAGAGUCCCUGCGCCGUGCUGCACCACUUUAGCGCAGCGCCUCCCUGAAUGGGCGGCUCGGUUCAUUGGUGGCUCGUGGGUUGGCUAAAUGGCCUCCGUAGGCUGAUUCCGGCUCAUGGGCCUACCCCUACUCCAGAGGGUUGGAGUAAGAGGAUGUAAGUAAGUUAGUUAAUGUAAGUAAGUUAAUGGAUAAAAGCUGUGAAAUAUGCACUAUUUUGGGACUCGGGUGGUGCUGUGGGUUAAACCACAGAGCCUAGGACUUGCUGAUCAGAAGGUCGGCGGUUCAAAUCCCCACGACGGGGUGAGCUCCCGUUGCUCGGUCCCUGCUCCUGCCAACCUAGCAGUUCAAAAGCACGUCAAAGUGCAAGUGGAUAAAUAGGUACCACUCCGGCGGGAAGGUAAACGGCAUUUCCAUGUGCUGCUCUAAUUCGCCAGAAGCGGCUUAGUCAUGCUGGCCACAUGCUGGCUGUACGCCGGCUCCCUUGGCCAAUAAAGCGAGAUGAGCACCGCAACACCAGAGUUGGUCAUGACUGGACCUAAUUGUCAGGGGUCCCUUUACUUUUACCUUUAUGCACUAUUUUGGGUAGCCAGCAAACAAUGCGAGACGUUUUGUGCAAAUGCCCAUAUGUAACUUGCACACGGGUUUUCUGCAGGCAUUCCUUGUGAAUGUGGCCAGCUACGAACAGCCAUUGGUAAAAUGGAUAACCAAGUGACCUUGCUGACGACCGAGUUGAAGUUCAUUAAAAAAGGUAAGAAUGUCCAGACAAACAUUCUCCCCUUCCUUGCAUGUGGGGAAAUCUUGCUUGCUUAAUCACUGGUUGAUUGUGCUAUGCAUUAAGUUGGUUUAUAGAAAUGCAAGUGCUCACUUUUCAGCACUGCCCUCCCCCGCAGCUGUUGCUGGUGUGCGUGAGACAGAUAAUAAGACUUACUUGCUGGUGAAAGAAGAGAAGAGGUACAUGGACGCCCAGCUCUACUGCCAAGGAAGGGGAGGAACGCUGAGCAUGCCCAAGGAUGAAAACACCAAUAGCCUAAUUGCUGCUUACAUCAAUCAAGCUGGCCUCAGCCGAGUUUUCAUUGGCAUUAACGACCUAGAGAAAGAGGGCCAUUUUGUUUACUCCGACCGGUCCCCAAUGCAGACCUUCAACAAAUGGAGCAACGGAGAGCCAAAUAAUGCUUAUGAUGAGGAGGACUGUGUAGAAAUGAUAGCCUCUGGGGGAUGGAAUGAUGUCGCCUGUCAUAUUACAAUGAAUUUUGUUUGUGAAUUCGACAAAGAAAAUGUGUAGAAAUAUAAUUCCUGCCCCCCACUCCCAGCUCAAUUUUUGAAUCAAGCUUUGUGUGCAGGUUAGGUUGUGUGUCUGCACUAUCGGUUAUUUUAUAAGCUGGUGCAGUCCACAAAUCCUGAACCGCUAUCUGUUUAUGGGUGUUUUUUGUGUGUGUGUGUUUGCACAUAACACUAAGCUAUGGUUGGUUUUAACCAUGAUUUAUUUAAUAAGCCAUGGGUUGUCUCAGUUUCUUUUGUUUCUCCAAAGCUUGGCUUGUUUCCCAGCCACUCCUGCCUUGUGAUUUGUAGUAUGAUGAGCAUUUGGGGUGGGGUGCCCAAGCAAGCCAUGCUUAAGCAAGGUUUUCACAUAAAGCAAACCAUAGUUAAAAUGAGUCAUGGGUUCACAAGCAUAUCAUGUUUGUUGGCAGAAAAUAAACCAGGGUUUGUUUGCUGGGUUGGAUUCACCCGUUUAAACAAAUUUAUUUAGGCUAAACAAAUCGUGGUUUAGCAGUAUGUGCAAAUCAGCCUUUUAUCUGAAAGUUAGUACCUUGUUGAUGAGGUGCUAAUCUUUCAACAAGCUUCAUAUUAGUCUGGACAAAUAUCCCAGAACACCUCUGCCAGUGUUACAAAGUUCUUCUAUCACCAAAAAAAAAGCAACACAACAUUUUUAUGUGUUUAGUUCAGGUUAUGUGGAUCUCCAUCCUGCAAAAAAUCCUCAUAUCUGAUCUGUGUGUGUGUGUGUGUGUGUGUGUGUGAGCGAGAGAGUGAGUGAGAGAUCAGAUAUGAGGAUUUUUUGCAGGAUGGAUAUCCACAUAACCUGAACUAAACACAUAAAAAUCUCUCUCUGUGUGUGUGUGUGUGAGAGAGAGAAAGAGAUGCAUACACAUUCCAAGAUUAAGCCAUGGCGUAUGUCAAGCUUCCCAUUCCAUUUGUGUGUGUGUGUGUGUGUGUGUAUUCUUAGCAAGGGUUUUCUUCACUCAUAUUCAGCACAGCUUUUUCUUUCUUUCUUUUUCUUUUAAGCCCUGUUUCAUGUAUUAUAUUUGCAAUGCUCCCUCCCUUCUGUCAUGCAGGUGACCUCAUGUAUGAAGUGGAAAUUCACAGCACAUGCUUCCUUUUCUUCCACAAAAAAGGAAUUCCAAUACAGUUUGCUUGUUUUAGCCAUAAGGAUAGCUACCUUGUGGAAGGAAUAGGGACAUGCCCACUGCUAUUCCAUGCAAUGAAGAAUGCCUCCAAGCACAACCUUUCACUGAAAUGAUGAGACUCAUUCAUUUUAACAGGGCUGGCACAGGAAAUCUUCCUAACAGAUUAAAGAACAGCACAUCAUCCUGGAGAGUAGUAGGCAUGUUAAGAAUAGGACACAGGAAUUAAUGAAGGACAAACUUCAACAUUAAGAUGUAUAACACAGGGUGCUGGUGUCAAUCAACUCCAAGACCUACCCUAGUUACUUUUGUUGAUAAAGUAUUAUAGUGGUAUUUUUUAGAAGUAUAUUAUAUUAGUAUUGUACAGCUGUAAAUAUAAUCUAGGUAUUUCAAAUAUCAAUAUUCACCCUUCAGAAGGGAAGAGCAGAGUUAACAGAGACAUGGUUUAAAGAACUAUGGCUGUAAUCCAACACAGAAUUAAGUAUAGGUAAACCGCUUGAAAUCGUUGGGCUUAAACUCAGUUCUGCGCAAGAUCUUUAGGCAGAAAAUAUCCAUCAAAUCGCUUGUUGAGAUUAAUGGAGAUCUACAAUGAAAGUGGAAGGUAUAAAUGUAGAUUUUAGGAAGCUAUUUUUGAAGACCUAUAGCCACCAUUUCUAUCUUUUAAAAAUCCUACCCUUCUAUUGCUGGUUAUUAAGUCCUGUGUUGGUUCAUAAUGAUAAAAUGUAAACGUUAUCUUUUAUCACUUUCUGAAUCCUAAUAAACUAUUUCCUUAGCUCUUCCAUUACACAGUUGCUAAAGCGGGAAUACAGCACUGAUGUAAGCCAGUUCAACUCUUUAGGCAGUAUUUUAAUAGAUUAUAAAUUGAGUAUUGCAAAAUUAUUUACAGAAAACACGAAUACAGGUAUUACAUUUUCCUUAUCUACCCUUUGGCACAGCUGAACAUUGUGGCUUGAUGGCCAGCACAAUUUAGCAAAGUUAAUCAAGUCCCAGCCUGUUGCAGUUUAAAGCAAUCUCAGUAGCCACAAUCCUACUCUGAAUUACACAUGAAUCAGAUUGUCCCAUUAAAUCAGGAGUACAUUUUGCACAGAACUGCAACCUAGAUAGCUGCCAUGAUUGUGUUUAGAUAUUUGCAUGCUAUUACUGUUUUCUUAAAAAUAAUAAUAAUUAUCCAAGCAGGUCUUUGUAAGUUGUCAUGCAACUCACGAGAACUUUUAAGUUAUUCAUAUUCUGAAAGAUGCUUUAAAAUUCAUUUGCCCAUCCUUCCGUUUGUCACUGUAGGCACAUAGCUAAAUGAAUGCUAAGAUUUUGUGGGAGUAAGUUGACUCUACAGACUUAAUGAAUGUUAUCCAUUUGCAACAGAGGAUGCAGCUGGGUGCACCUGACGUUUGGCCCUUCAUGAAGUUCUAUAGUUUUAAUUAUUAUUACUGAGGCCUUAAUCCCAUGAUAGAGUCAAUCCAAUUGAAUUUCUUCUAGCCUGGUUGCAAAUCAAGGGAGGUAGCACAUGAAACAGUUGAAGUUAAAAUUAAAUUUGCAUUUUAUUUCCCAGUUCAUCUGCACAAACAAAUCCACCUGAAGCCAGAUACAAAUCCCAGCACUCAAGCAGUGGGUAUUAAUUCAGCUGGCUUCUCAAGAUUGCUGGCGCUGGAAUUAAACUGAGAAGUUCAUUAAUAAUGGGUGAACUACAAGACUGAGUCCAGCACAUGAACAAGAGUUAAAAUUGGUUCACCAUCUCUUUUUGACUUCAGGAACAAGAUUUAUGCUGUUGUUCCCCACAGAGAUAGUCAUUGGUUUAAAACAGGCACCACCAACCUUUGGCACUCCAGAUGUUUUGGACUACAAUUCCCAUCACCCCUGACCACUGGUCCUGUUAGCUAGGGAUCAUGGGAAUUGUAGGCCAAAACAUCUGGAGGGCCACAGGUUGGGGAUGACUGGUUUAAAACUUUACAGAAGCAUAGGACAGCAGUUCACUUAACAAAUCUAUAUUUCCAAUCCUGCCUAUGCAUAAACUGCAUUCACUUAUUUAAUAGAUAUAAAAACAUGGCUAUUUGUUAUGACUAGUUCACUUCUGCAUUAGGCUUGCAUUGCUAUGCUGGUAGAGUGCUUUCUAAAUCUGUUCCUCCUUGUUGGGAUGUUGUAACUUCUGUGCAGCACAGAGCUAUUCCAGAAUUCGCUAGCAGACCAUCCAUCACUAAGUCACUUAUGCUUCAAGCCCUUUCCCCUUUCUCAUUGAGGUUUGUAGAAUUUCAGGUAGGGGUAAAUAACCUUUCCCCAUCCAGACACUGUUGGAUUUCACUCCCAUCACUACCAGCCAGCAGGAAUGAUGGGACUUGCAGCCCAACACCAUUUUGGAGGGCCACAAGUUCCCCAUCCCUGGUUUAAAGCUCUCUGCUGCUUUGCUCAUUAGAAAGAACUUGGAUACAAAAAUGAAUGUGGGGGCAUGCAUAAAAUAGUGAAUACUGGCCCAUGUGAUAACUUGGAAUAACUGCAGUCUUAUGCAUAGUUGGUAGUGUAUUCUGCUGAAGAAAGCAGGAGUUCCUUCUAAGGCAAUACACAGGGGAUCAAACUGCAAAUCUAAUCUUGCCAAUGUUGAUUCAAUGGGAUUUCUAUGUAAGCAAAAACAACAGGGUUGGGUGUAUAAUAGGUUUCCUGAUGCUGUAACAUCCCAGAGACUAUGACAAAAACAAGAGUGGAUUAUCUGUAACUUGAUACUGACCCAUUGAUUUACAGUAGUUCCCAACAUUUAAAGCUUUGAGGGUAUACGUUUCCUGUUGCGUUCUUCAAUAUUUAUGUUUAAUCUAACGAUAAGCUUCCUGGUAGCACACAAAUGCAAGUACGUAACUAAUUUAUAGCGACUGGAUUGAUAAAGGAUUUUUUGUUUGUAGCAAUUUUGCUCUCAAAAAUAAAAGUAUGGCAAGCAUUUGAAAUCAUUGUGUAUCGUUUUGCGUUUAAGGGAAAUAAAUAAAUAAAUUUUAUCCCAACUUUUGUUUCCUCUGAGCUUAAUUUCUUUUCCCUUGUUUCUACCAGCUUCCCCAAAGAGGUGGAAUCCCUACAGUUUAAUUACAACUCUAGAAUUUUAAAAGACUUUAAGGGGGGGCGUAAUAUGUUUGACUCUACGUAGGGUCUUUUUCUCUGUUAGGACGUAAAUUGGCUGCAGAUAUACAGGUACCAUGCCUUGGAACCUCAGAUAAAGUUAAGCUGAAUAAAUUAAUGGGAGGAAGUUCUCCCUGCUUCCAGGAAGUUAUCUGUGGACUCCCCCACCCUGCCAAUUUUGGGUGUUUCUUUACUCCCCCAGAAACACCCCUGUGUUGCACCCCCACCCUCUAGAGAGGUGCAGUGUUCACCACUGUGCAUAGGUUGCCAUGUCUGAAAUGUGUUUGUUUAGUAGACAGCGGUUCUCAAACUUUUUUCUGUGGGCCACACUUUCAGAAUAAAUAUUUGCUCGUGCCACACCAAGUUUUUAAUUGAUAAGAAGCACAUUGGAAAACAAAAAGGAACAACUCCUAGCAUUUAUAUUAGGUCUCAGCUCUUCAUAAACACAAAGAAGC